GUCUUUCCCACAGCGCGAGGGGGAGGCUGUUGCCCCACACUUGAUGGAGCUAUGACGGAGCUCCGUCAUGCCGAUCCAGGGACCAACUGCAGGCACGCCACAGCGUGUUUGCUCUUGCUCUUGCCUCUUUUGCCUCCGGCCUUCUCUUCUUUUGGCCUCUCCAUAACAUUUGUACUCUCCCAACUCUAGAAUCACAAUACGAAACAUGGCGUGUGUGCACGUAAAUGCGCCAGAGCUCCGCUCGCCUGGUCCUAACCAGUCUGUAUAUCGCGAGGAUUGCACGCAGUGCUUCGAUUCGAUCGACGACCCCACCGGUCUCGACGUGUGCUUAUACUGCUUCAACGGUGGUUGUACAGCCGACCGAGGCCACUCCCUCAUCCACAUCUCGGGCGCAAACCACCCUCUCGUGCUGAACAUUAAGCGCACUCGCAAACAGGUUUCACGUGACGAACCCCCAGCGAAGAUCACGAAGCUCUCCAUCGCCGCCGAGACCGAAACCGACCGCUACGACACCACCACCACGGUCAAGUGCUACGAAUGCAACGUUGAUGAGGUAGACAAGAGCUCUGGAAAGCUCCCAGGGCUUGUGGAGGCUGUCCUAAAAGCGAACACCUUUGCUAGGCAGGAGGAAGUGAAGGCAUGGGAGCAAGAGAUGACUGCCUGCGAGCAUACACUGUGCCUUGAACAGCAGGAUGCGAGGCAGAUUGAGUCUGGGGCUCUCGGACAUUGUUCCGAGUGUGAUCUCAACGAGAAUCUAUGGCUUUGCCUGACUUGUGGCAACCUUGGCUGUGGGCGACAGCAAUUUGGUGGCGUCGGUGGCAACUCGCACGGUGUAGGACAUACGAAGACGACAGGCCAUCCCGUUGCUGUCAAGCUGGGUUCUCUGACUGCAGACGGAACUGCAGACAUUUACUGUUACGCCUGCGACGAAGAGCGAAUCGACCCCGAGCUUCCGGACCACCUGGCACACUGGGGCAUCAACAUCAAGGACCGAGUGAAGACAGAGAAGAGCUUAACGGAGAUGCAAGUCGAGCAGAAUUUGCGAUGGGAGUUUUCCAUGACGACAGAGGAUGGCAAAGAGCUGAAGCCUUUGUUCGGCUCGGACUUCACUGGACUGAAGAACCUGGGCAACAGUUGUUACCUUAACAGCACACUGCAAGCGUUGUUUGCGAUACCAGAGUUUAGAGAUCGAUACUACCUUCCUGAGCAAGGACCACCGGAUGCGGCGCUCCCUGCCGAGGAUCUGGAAACUCAGCUUCGUAAAAUCGCUGACGGAUUGAUCUCUGGUCGAUACUCGAAGCCAGAUAGCGAUGUCGUUGUCACCGAGGAUACACCCGAGGCUCCACACCAGCGUGGGUUGGCACCGGCUAUGCUGAAGCAUUUGAUCGGACGAGGACAUGCAGAAUUUUCCACAAUGCGACAGCAAGACGCAUUUGAGCUGCUACUCCAUUUGCUUAAGCUUAUCUCGCGGUCCCAGCAUGUCGCACCUUUCAAGGACCCCGUCGAUGCUUUCAGAUUCGUCAUGGAGCAGCGUUUACAGUGCAUCGGCUGCAAACGAGUACGCUAUCGAUCUGACGAGCAGGAGAACAUAUCGAUUCCUGUGCCGAUUCGUAGAGUGCCGAAAGAUGCGCAGAUGGACGCUACUGACGGUCAAGGCAAGGAGAAGGAGAAGGAAGAGUUCGAGUCUGUCACACUGAAGGAAUGUCUUGACAUCUUUACGGCCGAAGAGGUAGUUGAGCUCACAUGUGGUGCUUGCGGCAGCAAAGAUGGCUUCACGAAGAGAAGUAUGUUCAAGACAUUCCCCUCCGUUUUGGCUGUCAACGCUCGCCGCUUCGAGAUCGUCAACUGGGUGCCCACGAAACAAGACGUUCCGGUCAUUGUCAAUGACGAAGCGAUGCCAUUCGACGCAUACAAAUCACGCGGUCUACAGGAUGGCGAAGAAGUGCUUCCUGACGACGCAGACUCUGGCAGCUCCGCCAAGUGGACGCCAAACGAGGCUGCAUUGUCGAUGCUUGAAGCCAUGGGCUUUCCUCGUGUGCGAUGUGAGAAGGCGCUACAUGCUACUGGCAACGAGGACGCAGAAGCCGCUUCGAACUGGCUCUUCGCUCACAUGGAAGACCCUGACAUCGACGACCCUGUCGACUUCAACGCUGGCGCAGACAAGUCCAGCAGUGGUGCUCCAAGUGCAGUCGACCCCGAGAAGAUCGAAAUGCUCAGCGGCAUGGGUUUCAAUGCUCCACAGGCUCGGCAAGCACUCAAGGAGACUGGAGGAGAUAUGGAGCGUGCUGUUGAGUGGCUGUUCAGUCAUCCCGAGGCCGCCGGAGACUUUGGUGACGACGCAAGUGCAGGGGCACCUGCCGAAUCACAGGAGAAGCUACAGGCAGGAAGCGACAAGCUACCUGCUAACUUCCAGCUACAGUCUAUUGUGUGCCACAAGGGUAGCUCUAUCCAUGCGGGGCACUACGUUGCGUUUGUCCGCAAGCAGCAGCCUGACGUGCAAGACACUGCUUGGGUUCUUUUCAAUGACGAGAAGGUAGCUAAGGCUGCCGAUAUCGAUGAGAUGAAGAAGUUUGCAUAUGUGUAUUUCUUCAGGCGUUUGUAAGACGGGCAGUCUAGGUGCAUUGAUGGAGCUAGCAUAGCGGGUGCGGAGUUGAUUGCGAUUGGUGCGUUUGAACCUGCCACAUCGAAAAAGGGACAUUACCGAGAGUGAUGAUGGGGGCAUGAAGCAGUCUUAAGACGUCAAGAUACAAAAUUACAA